GCCUUGAUCGUACGUUGGAUUCGACGUAAUGCUGACUUGAACAUCAAAGAUAUGGUGUUCGUGGCAUAUGUUCGUCAACCUCAAUGAACAUCGACGGGUUGCGGCAAAGUGCUGACGAUGCUCUCAACCACCAGGGCACUUACAUAGGUUUCAUCUACUGUUGCUAUGAUCUCAUGGCUACGUCUGGCUAUUUCAUCCACCAGUGGGACAUCCGCCUGGGGGACUUGAUUGGCAUUUCCUAUAUCCUCCACAUCGGCGGCGUCUUCUACUCGGUCACCCUCCCUUUGCUAAAAGCCGCCAUCCUACUAGAGUGGGUGCACAUUUUCGUGCCCAUGCGUACACGUAAUGCCUUUUGGUGGAUAUGCCAUGCCGUCGUGGUGGUCCAGCUCAUGCUCCUCGUUGCCUCUGUUUUAGCCCUUUGCUUUACUUGCAUCCCCUACGAGAAGAUAUGGGACUUCACCAUCCCGGGGAAGUGCCUCGACAAGUCCAAGGUGGAAAUUUCUUCGGCUUCGAUCCAUCUCGCUUCCGACGCUAUUAUUCUCUGUUUGCCGCAGCGAGUCAUUUGGGGGCUGAACAUGCCGAUAAAGAGGAGGUUGGGUGUUUCGGUUAUUUUCUCGUUGGGUGUGCUGGCCUGCACUUCCGCCGCAUUCCGCCUAGCCGUCACAGUCUCCUACUCCACCGCCAACGACGCCAUAUACUCAGUCGCUUCGGUGAUUCUAUGGGCCCUCGCCGAAAUGACCUGCGGGUUCAUGGUCAUCUGCCUGCCCACCGCGCCAAAGCUUCUCGUGGAAACCGGCACGCUCGCCCGGCUCAAAGCCGCACUGCGUUCAUGGACCAGCAUGCGCAUCGGCAGCGGCGCGUCCUCUAAGAAGUCACACACCAAUCCAGGCCAGUCAUCAUCUAGAGUAUCCAUGCCCAAGUCACCCGGACCGGGCACGCUGUACCAGAAGAUCGAUGAGGAUGGCGUGCCGCUGGCGAAGCUGGAUAGGUCUGGCUCGGCGAGUGAGUCUACCGAGGGGCUACGGGAGUAUCCAAAUCGGCCUGUGGCUACUAUUGUGAGGACCACGCAGUUUGUCACAAGGGAGGAUCAUGUAGAUGAUGUUGGUGGGAAUGAUGAUUUCCAUCGUCAGCAUCCGUGGCACGACAAGUAAAUCUCUAUGAGUAUUUCUGAAACUCUACAAAGUGGUGUUUAUGACAGUCAAAAGUGUUAAGAUGGAAUUUGUUUCAAUGGGGUUUGAAAACUGUUCUCUAGUCGCCGGUUGAUCCUACCUGUAUUGUAUCAAACUAAUGGAAUACAUAUUCCGAGGUUCAUUUUAGUAUCAGAGUAGAUGGAAUUGCUUUUGAUUCACC